AUGGAGAUCUCUUUGGGGGUAUGGGUGGCCUUGGUUCUGGGAGGUUUGCCAUUUUGGGGGUUGUUGUUGUGGUGGUGGAAUGAGUUCUGGUAUGUGCUUCCUCUUAAGUUGCGCGGGUCUUCGACUGGCGCCAAAUUGCCUCCAGGUCACCUGGGUUUUCCAUUUCUUGGUGAAAUGCUCAGUUUCUUGUGGUAUUUCAAAAUUGUUUGCCAUCCUGAUGAGUUUAUCAAUGCCAAGAGAGCAAAGUACGGUGAUGGAGUAGGAAUGUACAGAACACACAUGUUCGGAAAGCCAUCCAUCAUAACCUGCUUACCGGAGAUCAACAAAUUAGUAUUCCAAUCAGAGGAGAACUUUCCCCUAAAUUGGCCUAAUGUUGAUAUUUUAGGUUCUUGUUCUUUGGUAGCAGUUCAUGGAAGCUCCCAUGCAAGGCUUAGAAGCUACGUCGUGAAUGUCAUUAACAAACCUGAUGCUCUGCGCCGCAUUGCCGGACUAGUUCAGCCACGUAUAGUGGCUGCAUUGGAGUCAUGGGCACUCAAAGGUAGAAUAAAAGCAUAUGAUGAAUCAAAGAAGGUAACAUUUGAAAAUAUUGGAAAAUUAUUCGCAAGUUUGGAGCCGGGGCCUCUCCUAGAUACCAUUGAUAAAUUGUUUGAGGGAGUGGUCAAAGGAAUUAGAGCUCAACCAUUCAAUGUUCCUGGAUCUGCUUAUCACCAUGCUCUUCAGUGCAGGAGGAAGCUUGAGGCGAUUUUCAGGGUGGAGCUAGAGAAGAAAAAAUUCCGAAAAGAAGCAGUGACGACUGAUCUGAUGGAUGGGCUUAUGCAAAUCACGGAUGAUGAGGGUGAUAAAUUAAGUGACAAAGAGGUUAUAGAUAACAUUGUGAGCCUUGUUAUUGCUGGAUAUGCAUCCACUGCCCUUUCAGCAAUGUGGGCUAUCUUCUAUCUUGCCAAAUACCCCAAUGUUUUUAAAAAGCUUCGGGAGGAGAAUAUGAUUGUAAGUCAGAACAAGAACGGGGAAUUCAUUACAAGUGACGAUGUUUCGAAAAUGAAAUACACGAACAAGGUGGUGGAAGAAAUUAUAAGACUGGCAAACAUUGCAGCUUUUGUUUUCCGGUCAGUUACCAAGGAAAUCGAGUAUAAAGGCUACAUAAUACCAAAGAAUUGGAAUAUGCUUGUUUGGGUACGUUAUCUCCAUACAAAUUCAGAGCACUUUGAUGAUCCUAUGUGCUUUAAACCAGAUAGAUGGAAUAAUCCGGCUAAACCUGGAACAUACCAAGUUUUCGGAGGUGGAUCAAGAAUAUGUGCAGGAAAUAUGCUUGUUAGACUACAACUCGCAAUUUUCUUACAUCAUUUGUCUGUUGGAUACAAGUACGGAAAUCCUAAUCGUUGCAUUAAUUCGUUGUCAAAAAUUGAAUUUUCAGUCACAAGUUUUUUGGCAUCUUUUUCUCCAUAG